AUGAGGCAUAAUCAGCUGUGUUGUGAGACACCACCUACUGUUACUGUUCAUGUAAAAUCAGGGUCAAAUAGAUCCCAUCAGCCUAAAAAGCCCAUUAAUUUGAAGCGUCCUAUUUUUAAAGAUAGUUGGCCAGAAUCUGAAAAAAAUGCACAUAAUAACAAGUCUAAACGUCCCAAAGGACCCUGUCUAGUUAUACAGCGUCAAGAAAUGACUGCUUUCUUUAAAUUAUUUGAUGACGAUUUAAUUCAAGAUUUCUUGUGGAUGGACUGCUGCUGUAAAAUUGCAGACAAGUAUCUUUUGGCUAUGACUUUUGUUUAUUUCAAGAGAGCUAAAUUUACUAUAAAUGAGCAUACCAGGAUAAAUUUCUUUAUUGCCUUGUAUCUGGCUAAUACAGUUGAAGAAGAUGAAGAAGAAUCCAAAUAUGAAAUUUUUCCAUGGGCUUUAGGGAAAAACUGGAGAAAAUUAUUUCCUAAUUUCUUAAAGUUAAGGGACCAGCUCUGGGAUAGAAUUGACUAUAGGGCUAUUGUAAGUAGGCGAUGCUGUGAGGAGGUUAUGGCCAUUGCCCCAACCCAUUAUAUAUGGCAACGAGAACGCUCUGUGCAUCACAGCGGAGCUGUCAGAAACUACAACAGAGAUGAAGUUCAGCUGCCUCGAGGACCUAGUGCCACACCUGUGGACUGUUCGCUCUGUGGUAAAAAAGGGAGAUAUGUUAGACUGGGACUGUCUUCAUCAUCAUCUUCAUCUAGUGAGACCGAAGUGGGGAUGGAAAAGCAUUCUCAGGAAUCACACAACUCUUUCCCAAAGGACAUAAUAGUUGAUCAAGCUCAUAGCUAUUCUCAAGACUCAGUGGUAGAUGACCAUCAAUCAAAGAAAGAAAAGAAAAUUAAUUUCAUGGAGAAUGACAAAUCUAUGGAGUGGUUUACAGGAAGUGAAGAAUGAGAUGAUGCAACUAAACCAAGUUAAAAUCAUAACUACAAAUGUCAAAUUAACUGCAAGACAAGUCUCAAAGGGACAUUAACAGUUUUGAAGUGUUAU